GUUACUCGCUCAGCGACGAUAAACAGAAAGUGGUCUUCCAAGUCUCAGAUAAUUCGAUAAUUACUCUCUUUGUUGGAAAAUAAGACUGAUGACGUGCACAUCUGUAUAAUCUGUAGUAGAGAUGGACCCUGAAUUGCAAAAAAAGUUGCAAGACGACGAGACAUUACAGGAGUUUCUGCAAGAUGACUUCAACGUCCAAGAGCACACCAACCAGGUCAUGCAGAGCAUGGCCAUCACUGAGCAGCUGUCGAAACUCGCGGAGGGGAUCAGUCUGUUGGACAAGGAGCUACAUGCACAGGUUUCAGCUCACCAUGAAGACUUGCUUUCUCAGGCCACUGGCAUUGAAACUCUAGAGGGCGUUCUUCAGAUGAUGAAUACCAGGAUUGAGUCACUCCAGUCAGCUGUGGAAAGGAUUCAAAAUAAAAUUGUCGAACCUUAUAACAAAAUAGUUGCCCGAACAGCCCAACUACGGAGACUUCAGGAGGCUUGUGACUUGCUGCGACGGAUUAUCCGCAUACUGUAUCUUAGCAAAAGGCUUCAUAGCCAGCUACAAGGAGGAGCUAGAGAGAUCACCAAGGCAGCACAGAGCUUGAAUGAAUUAGACUUCCUGUAUCAUGGAGUUGAUCUGAAGGGAAUUGAAGUGAUUGAGCAGGAUACGCUGUUUAUCAGGAAAGCCAGGCGGGAUGUGGAGAGGCAAGCUCAAAAGAUGCUCCAUCAAGGGACGGAGACGCAGAACCAGACCCAGGUGGCCACCUCCCUUCAAGUCUUCCACAAUCUGGGCUGUCUCCAUGAGACAGUGGACCGCAUCGUGGAUGAGAGCCAGGAGACUGUUAAGAAAAACAUCCGGGAAGCGCUGGACGUACAGACUCCGAUUCAUUCCCAGUUCCAGCCCGGCAGAGGAGGUCCAGGCCGGGCAUCAAUGCCUACCACCGGCAACACUGCUACCUUCAGAGCAACCCUCUGGACAAACCUGUCAAAGCUGAUGGAUCAGAUAUAUGCAACCUGCGGACAGGUACAACAUCUCCAGAAAGUUCUCUCCAAGAAGAGGGAUCCUGUGACUCAUGUCUGCUUCAUGGAUGAACUGAAAAAGGAGGGUCGGACUGACAUCAUGGAGUCAUUCUGGAAAUCGCUCACUGACACACUGAAAGGAGAAUUUGCCGGGACAGCAAAUGCCUCUACAUUCGUGAAGCAAGCGUUUGAAGGAGAAUACCCAAAACUCCUGCGACUCUUCAACGAGCUCUGGAAACGCCUUCAGCAAUUCAGUCUAGCUACGCCCACUGCUGGAGGUGACCCCGCCUACCUGCCGUCGCCCAAGGCAGAGACAUUUCCUGAGCAGGAGAUGGAAGAAUACAGUUCAGAGAAGGCCUUGAAGGAGUCCCUAUCUACGUUUGAGAAUGCCUACUUGACACGGUCGUUGUCUCGUCUCUUUGACCCCAUCAAUCUGGUGUUUCCCAGCGGAGCGUCCAGCCCACCCUCUGACGAUGAGGUGGAGAGUAUUGCCAAGUCCAUCGCAAGUGAGUUGAACGUUGCCAGCGUGGAUACCGGCCUGAGUUUAUUGGUUGCCCGCAAUGUGGCUAAGACUGUCAAACUGUACUCUGCCAAGUGUGAACAGCUGCUAUCCACUGACGGUGAAGCGACCCAGGUCAUUGCUUCACCGACCCCGGGCCAAAUGAGGAAUGUGGCUGUCGUCAACUCCCUCUUUCACUUUCACCAGGCAGUCUGCAAGGUUUUGAUCAGUUUAAGUAGCUUUCCGUUAAUUUUUAAAAGUUGAUCUUUUGUCUGUCAUUGUUAGGAUAUCGUGGCUUUGAUGAGUAAUGCACUCAAGCCACUGCUCAACUCCAUCUUUGAUUCCAUUGAGGCAAUCAUUCUCACCAUGCACAAUGAGGACUUUAAGGGUGGACAGCCAAGUGGAUCAGGCAAGGAGGCUGUCGAUGCACCGUGCUCUCUGUACAUGAGGGAGCUGCAAGGCUUCAUUGCACGCGUACAGAUUGACUAUCUAGCUCCAUUCAAAUGCAGCGACUUUGUCAUUGACAGUGUGCAUCCAAUGGCUUGUGAAGCCAUUGAGUUGUUUGUCCGGCACGCCAGCUUACUCCGCCCCCUCGGUGAGGGAGGGAAGAUGAGACUAGCCGCUGACUUUGCUCAGAUGGAGCUGGCGGUGGUGCCACUGUGUCGUCGUGUCUCAGAUCUAGGCCGUCCUUACAAGCUCUUGCGAGCGUUCAGGCCGUUGCUCUUCCAGACAUCCGAGCACAUCGCCAACAGUCCUGCCAUGGGAGAGAUCAUCCCGCACUCCACAGCGCUGCACUUCCUCUUCGCCCGAGCCCCUCAGGAACUCAAGUCACCCCAUGAGGUUGCUGGCUGGUCGACAGCGCGUUAUUCCCAGUGGCUGAGUGAACACACGUCUGAGAAGGAAAGGCUGGCGCUCAUCAGGGGAACCCUGGAGGCGUAUGUACAAUCAGUCCGAGCAAGACAGGGCAAGGAGUUUGCCCCUAUUUAUCCAAUCAUGCUCGACUUGUUACAAAGAGGAAUGCAGGCAACGGGGUCAGAACUGUGAUGCAAGCGCAGCUGGUAUCCGUGGCAACUGUUCAACCAUCUUUAAGUGGAAAAACAUGAAAUUUGUGGGCAUCUUGUCUUCUCGGUUUUUGUUCUAUAUAUUAGAAAAGGAAAUGUGUGGUUGAUAUGAAUUUAUCAAGUUUAUAGAUCAGUAAUGUAUUUUAUGAAAUGUCAGGUGUACGUACAGGCAAAGGUUCUUGGUGCAUUAUUUGAAUUUUGAAAAGUGCCAGAAAUCAGGCUUUUACUGGGCUCACAUCCCUGAUAAGGAAUGUGGUGUACGUAUAAUGUGAUACAGCAUAAUGUGCUGGAAUUUAGAACUCCAGCUCAAAUGAUGCAGAUCCUGUAUUGAAAACAAAUUGCUCUAGGCAGAGCACAUUUAUUUAAAAUGAAAUGUUAAAACAAAGAAAUAAAAUUGGAAACCAACAAAUAAAAUGAAAUCAUUUUCAAAAGUUGGAAAGGAAGCCUCAAUUAUGAAAUGUAUAAAUGAAAAUAUUCUGUUUCUGUCAUACUGCUUUUUUUGGCUAUGUGGUUGUCCCUGUGUUUAACGUUUACGUAUUCAGUAUCACUCUUCAUUACUUAAAAGUUUUGCUUAAAACUUGGCACAAAAACAAGUUUGGUUUCCCAUUUUUGGCAACCCAAUUUAGAUUAUUGGUAAUAAAGCAAUAUAUAUUUCUGUUAAAAAAGGCAA